GAAUUAUGCAUUUUAGGAAUGUAAAACAGCUUUGAAGAGAACCAAGGAAAAAAGUUGAUUGAAGCACAAUAGAUAUCAUACUAUAUGAAGAAGCUGCAAAAGUCAACUAUUUUAGAGAGUCAGCAGCAGAGAAUCUGUGCCUAAAUGAUCCUGAAUCACUUGCACGAGCUUCAAUGUGAAAAACAUCUUCUAGAGGGAUUGGAGAAUUUCUUCAAUCUAAAGAAUGGCCAUAAGCGUGGGCACAUUCUACAGGCCAAUGGUACUUAAAUUUGUGAUGCAUCUGUCUAGAUUUGAAUCUUAAAAAUUUAAUCUCUACUAAAUUGAGUCCUUCUUAUGAAAGUGUUAUCCAGAAGAUGCUUCAACAGUAUAUAGCACGUGAGACACCUGAGCCCAAACGACAAUCGAGGUUUGAGAGCGUAAGGAGCAAAUCAUAAUCCCUUUAAUAAUUAAAUGGUGGUCGAGUUUUGCGCCAAGAUUAUAUAUCGCCAGUGGAAUACAUGAGAAAAUUAAAGACUUGUUUCGGACAUGCUCUUCAUCCAGACAAUUAAGAUUAGGAGGAUCCAUACAUACCAGUGUAUAAUGUAAUAUAUGACAGGUAAAAACAUGUUAUGUAGACUAAUUAGAACUGGUCAGUUAUUGUUGACUGGAGAUGAUUUAGGAUUAAUAAAGAUAUGGUCAGCAUCCAAUGGAUUGCUAUUGCAAUCACUAAAAGGGCACACAAUGGCAAUUAAUUCAAUGGAUAUAAGUUAUUGUAACAAAUAUUUGGCAUCUUGCAGUAAUGAUGGUCUGGUGAUCGUAUGGGAUAUUUAGAUAGGCAAGCCGGUGGCAGCAUUAAAAGUACAACAAUCCUCUAUCUAAUUAGGAAGCAUAAGAUGAUCCAAUCCUGGUUUUGGUAUUUUAUCAAAGUAGUUCAAAAAAUGUUAAUUAUUUGACAGUAGCUAGUGAAAAGGGAUAUGUUUAUAUCUACGACGUCUAGGAUUUAAUUAAAUGUAAUGGGAGUAUAUUGGGCACAUAGUUCAAUUCAAAAAUUAAGUAAUCUGCCAUCAAACAUCAAGCAGAUAUCAUUAGAUUGAAUGUGAAUUAUAACAAAGCAAAUAAAGGUAAGGUGAAUGGGAUAUUGUGUAUGGAAUUCAACAAAUAGGGUUAUUUGGCUAUGGGAACAGAUCAAGGAGAAAUAUUAAUCUUUGAUAAGCCAGAAAAUCUAUCUAAAGCAAUCAAUAAGGUGGAAUGGCGAGAACAUUCUGCCACUGUUCAUUUGGCUCGUUGGUCAAAGGAUGGUGACUAAUUGUUAACUGCUUCUUUUGAUGGAAGUGCUCGUUUAUGGAAAUGGUAAGAAGGAGGAAUUGCAGCUAAUUAACAUAAUAGAUCUUAAGUUUUAUUAAAAUAUAAAUCUACUGAAGGGAGAAGAGUCGGAGAAAUCUAAUGUUUUGCUAUUGCUUGGUCUACAAAAAGUACUUAUGCUUUGGCUUCAUUUAGUAAGAAAUUGAAGAAAAAAGGAGAUGAGGAAAAAUCAAAGACUCAAAUUCAAGUUUAUUCUACACAUGAAAAUUAAGUUAUUCAUUGUAUGGAUCAAGAAAAUUUACCUUAAUUAAAAUUGGAUUCUCAUGUUGUGUUUUUGGAAGCUCAUCCUAUUUUUGAGGAAGUGGCAUUGUCAGCUGAUGAAAAUGGAUUAAUUAUUUUAUGGAAUGUUCAAAAAGGAGUGCCUCUAAAAGUAUUUCAUGAAAGAGGUUAUCAUUUGAAAUUACCAAACUUAGAGGUUCCAUUGAAAGAUGGAUGUUUCAGUCCAAAUGGAAUGUCUUUUGUAGUAUCCACAGAUUAUGGAUCAUUUUCUAUUUAUGGUUUUGGAGUCCAAGAAAUCUUCGAUUAGACUCCCAUUGAAUAGUUUUAUGUUUCAGACUCUGAACAUCCAAUAAUAGAUGAAUCUGAUGGAUUUCGAGUUAUGGCAUUAGAUUCUGAUAUGGAAUUCUGUUAUGUUGAUAGAGGAAGUAUUUGUAAUUUCUAUAGAAUGCCAUAUCAUUAUAAUUUCUAGAAUAACUUUAAGACUCUCUUUCCUUAUCUGAUAUCCCAAGAUCAUCAAGGAAAAAAGAGUGUCAAUCUAUAAAAGCCUAAGUUAUUUACAUAUAUACAAAUGUCCAAAGGAAUUGCCAUAGACAACAUGAAGAAUGAAGAGAUGUUUUAGGGUUAUUUUGCAGAGAUGAGGUAAAUGGAAAUUAAAAUUAUUCACGAGAUCAAAGAAUUAAUGAAAGUUUAAGAUUAAGUUAGGAUUUAAAAAUUAGAAGGUGACAUUAUUGAAGUAGCUAAUUAACCAAUUUCAGAGAGAUCGCCUUCAAAUCAUAACUCCAAACUUAUCAAAAAAUUGGAAUAAAAGUCAGGAGAAUUAAUUAAGAGAGCUUUAAUUAAAGAAGAUGAAGAUAGUAGUCCUUAAGUAUCUUAAUAAGCACCUCAAUAAUCAGUGAUUAUUAUUAAUGAAUCCAAAAAAUAGAGCUAAAGAAGAAAGAAAGUAAUUGAAAGUGAAAGUGAAGAAGAAAUAAGCAAGUAGAGUAUUUAAAAUGCUAAGGAAGAUGUUCAAAUAGAAUAAUCUCCCUUAUAAACAAGAUCUAGAAGAAAUCAAAGAAGCCAAUAGAUAAGAUUAUUAAUCCUUAACAAUCACAGAUAACAAAAUGAAUUAAGACGUAAUAGAUCUCAAGUCACUGAAUAAUGUACUAGAUGCAGAAUUUUGAUGGAUAAUGUUGUCCGUUGUCCAGAAUGCAAAUCAGCUUACCAUUAAGAAUGCAGUGAAAUUCGUCUAUUCUUAUGUGAAUUAGAUUUUGGAACUCAGAAAAGAAUUUGUAUUAAUUGUAUGGCAUAAUUUUAAAGAAAGAAAUAAGCCCAAACUAGACAAGGAGAUCACUUGAGAGACAAGUAUUUAACUGAUGAUACCAAUUCCCCUCAGAUUGGAGACGAUGUUAUCUUCUUUACCAAAGGAUAUGAACAAUACCUCUAAAAAUGUCUAUAAAAUUUAGAUUUAUCAGAAUUAUCUAUUGAUUCUGCAUCAAAAAAAACUAUAGUCUUUCCAGGAGAUAUUCUAACAGAUUAAGAAUCUGCCAAUUUUGUAUAUUGCAGAGUAGUCAAUAUAAAUUACAUUUUUCCUGUCAUCAAUACUGUCUUUAAAAGACAAAUUAAUUAAAACUCCUAUAUCCUAUAAGUUUUCGAACUUCAAACUAAGGAUCUGACUUUUAAAUGCUUUUAUUCCUAUGAUUGUGAUCCUUAUCUUAUUCUAGAGGAAUCUUAUGCUUCUAGUGUCAGGUAAAUUCGACCAUAUUUGAAUCAACAAUAAAUUAGUUUUUAAACUGAUGCUGAUAAAGAUAAUGGCUUUGGUCAUCAAUAUCAAUUCAUCGCUUAAGAAACUCCUGAUAAUUAUCUCAAUGCCAGUGAUUGGUAAGUUUUGAAAUGCAAAAGAAUUAGUGAUGAAACCUAUCAACUAAGGAAUCAAAAAAGCAUGAUAGCUUAUUGUCAUUUAAACUUCUGGGAAAUUGCCUCAAUGAUGCACAAAUCUAAUAAAUCGAUUGAAAUAUAAGGUGCUUCCUUAUAAUCUGCUUUGACUACAAACGAGGCUUAAUAAAUUAAUAGAGAUAUUAAUGCAAUGAUCAAAAAGCAAACUAAGAUAGCCUUUUUCUUUUCCAAUGAAGUUGAUGUCCAACAGUAUCCAGAAUACCUAGAUUAUGUUCCCUUAAUGAGUUAUAUCACACUUAUUCAAAGAAGGUAUUUAUAUCCAUUUAAUUUUAAAGACUAGAAAAUGAUUUCUAUAGAAGUAAAGAUCAAAUACUUAAUGAUGUUGAAAGGAUUAGGAGAAAUGCUUAUAUUUUUAAUCCGCCAAAAUCUGAGGUCUGUGAUUUGGCUGAUAAAUUGGCCAACCUUUUACAUUCAAUAGUAAAUGGAGACUAACUUCCACAACAAGUAAUAGCCUAGAUUAGAGAAAUUCAAACAAGAAAAAAAAAAAAAUUAUUUUGA